CGCCACGAAGAAGAAUAACCGGAAGUGACGCAGGCAGAGGGAAAUGGAUUAGCUGACUUAGCACUGUUAGCCUCUGGUCGAACUUCUGAGAUGAAUCUGAAGAGCUGAACUGUGUCUCUGGUGAUUGGCAGGCGGGGCAGCCAUGGCGCUGAUUGAGGGUGUGGGUGAUGAGGUGACGUUGCUUUUCGGGUCACUACUGCUUCUGUUGGUUCUGCUACUGGCUUGGUCGUCCACCCACACAUCAGAGCCCCCGGACCACCUGUUCACUUCAUCUGCCACGGCCCCUUCACCGAGAAGGGAGACCCUCCCGGAGACGCCCGGCUCAUCAGGGGACAUCUCAGCACCUUCUAGUUCAGUCAGUGAGAGCAGCGACACGUCCCCCCCUGAUGUGGCUGCACAGAGUGAUGAGGACAAAGAGGAUGAUGGGCCUGGGCAGGACGAGGGUGGAGAGUCAACACAGAGGAACAUGGUGGUCCGGCUGAAGUUCCUAAAUGACACUGAGAGGACUGCUCAUGUGGACCCUUUAGACACCGUGGGCUACAUCAAAAGAACCUACUUUGCGGGCCAGGAACAGCGAGUCCGCCUCAUUUAUCGGGGUCAACUGCUACAAGAUGACUCUCGGACCCUGCUGUCUCUGAACUUGGUUCACAACUGUGUCCUGCACUGUCACAUCUCGCAACACGCCGCCGGGGCGGGGCCUGGCGUGCGGCCCACGGACCAGGUCCAGGUGGCGCUGAAUGUCGGCAGCCUGAUGGUGCCGCUGUUGGUCCUAAUGCUGUCAGUGCUUUGGUACUGUCAGAUCCAGUACCGGCAGUUCUUCACUGCACCAGCCACGGCAUCUUUAGUGGGCAUCACUAUCUUUCUUAGCCUGGUGGCCUUCGGAGUCUACCGCCAUUAGCUGCGCUUUGAUGGCCUGGAUGCGAUGACGCGACCACACUGGGCUGCCUUUAGUUCCUGGUGCCAUGACACUUGGGAACCUGUAUAGGUCUGAAUCACAGUGCCUCUUUUAGGUUCUGGUUGCUGCUGGUUCUGAAGAGUCGGGCUGUCAGUGAGGUCUAAAUUAGAGAAAUGAGACCGUACAUGAGCAGUUUUGUAAGUCUAGACUGAACUGGAUCAGAACCAGGAACUACAAUUACUGUAAAUUUCAUCUUUGCAAAACAGAUAUUCUAUUAAAUUGUUUAUUUAUCUGCUUAUUGUUGUUUUUGUCUUGAAAACCACUGGCUGAGUCAUCACUGUGUGUGGGGAAUUUCUUCAGCAUGAGUCAGGGAUUUUAGGGGUGACCUGGUAUGAACUCACACUCAGGAUGGAUCUGGUGAAAGCUUGUGAUGCUGGUGUCACAUGCUGGUAUUUGGUGUGGGGGACGGGAGUGAACUUCAAUCAACAGUCAUUCAGCUCGUGCGACAAAGUAAUGAAGCGGUGCAAUUAACUGCGCUUCCCAUGCCACACCAUCGGGGGCGCUGUGGUGAGAGUCUAUUGCGACCGUGAUAGAACAAGACGAGGCAUUUGUGGCGGGAAAUAGUAGGUAUAAAAUCCACUUAGUCGGAACACGAAAUCCACAGUCGUCGGAUUGUGAGGCCGCCUGGGAAGGUACAGCGGACACUUCCUCUAUUAUACGUGGGUUAAUAACCGGCUCCGUCACUGCUACUGCAAUGACAAGAUGCAAGGAUUGGAUUAAAGGAGGACACGAGGAAGAGAUGAGUGAGUAGGGAAGCUGCACAAGAUGAGUGAAAGUGGAGGAGAUCAUCUUGCUGAGGCAACCACUGACGGCAAAUGCCUGAAGACAAAGGAGAUCAGGGUCACAUGUAGCUGAGAUCAACCAGGUUCCUGCAAGGAGAGAUGAGGCACAUUCAGAUGGGAACCUAACCAUCAGCACAGACAAGCACAUGGGUUGUGUGCUCAGCUGGAUGACUUUUGAAGUCCAGUCGUCUCCCAGUGUUGGUGUGUGGAGCACUUCACAUAAGACCCUACCGUGUGGCUGCCAUGUGUCGCAUGAUCGGAACCAAAGGUGGACCGGACUGUGUCAAACUUGUUUGAUUUGACAUAAAAAUCUGAGGUGGCGUUUGAUCCUGGGUCGAUCCGAGGUGAUGCCUGACACAUGACCUCCUCCAGUUAUUUAUUUUGCAAUCCAGCGCUGAUUCCAAUCUGUCCCUUUUCGUAACGCGUGUCAACUGAUUGUAUUCCUGAAUAAAGUUUGAGAACUGA